UCAAUGCAGUGGCUAGCACUCGUUCAGAUUCGACACCAGUUGUUCAGACUUAAGAUUACCGGCGAGCGGUGGCCGGACAAGAUGACGCCUUUCCCUCUCCUGGCCGUCCUCCUCCUCAUCUGCCUCGGGGCCCCGCGCGCCGCCGCCGCCGGCAACCCGCCGGACCAGCCCGCGACCCCGACCCCGACCCCGUGGCCGCACCAGUUCCACGCGAAGCUCCUGAUGGACAACAAGGGCAACCUGUCGCUGGCCGACCUGUGGUACGACUGGCCGGGAGGCCGGAACCUGCACGUGAUCCGCUACCAGCUGGCCGCCGACGCGCCCUACUACGACGCCGAGUGGAACAACGGCACCUCCUUCUUCUACACGCCGGCGCGCCGCGCCUGCCGCUCCGCCGCCGUCGGCGUCGGCAUCCUGCGCCCCGACUGGCUCGCCCCCGGCGCCGCCUACCUCGGCCGCGCCCAAGCCGACGGCUUCGACUGCCACGUCUGGGCCAAGGCCGACUUCAUCACCUACUACGAGGAUGCCCAGACCAGGCGCCCCGUCAAAUGGAUCUUCUACACAGGGCGGACGGCGCAUGUGAUGAGCUUCGAGCCGGGGGCGGUGCUGGAGGACGCGACGGAAUGGCAGGCGCCCGACUACUGCUUCGCCGCCGGGAACGACCUCGCCUCCGAGCUUGAUGAUGGGCGCGACGAUGCGGGCUUGGUCCCCAGGAUCAGAAUGCCGUUCGAAGGCUAGUCUAUCUCAUCGUGGAACCGUGCGACCGUCGCUGGUACGCGCCUGGGCGCUCUCCAUGGUUUAGUUUGUAACAUGGCCGUGCUCUGCUCUGCUGAUCAAGUGCUUGUGUGCAACAUUGGUUUGCUUAAUCACAUUUUCUGGCAAACUGAAACUGGCAAUACUGUAGAAAGAGAGAGAUGGAGAUACAGUAGUCGUCGGCGCUGAAA